AUGAAGUUUGGCGAGGUACUCUCAGCUAUGAAAAGUCUGAAUGUUAUCGUUCACGGCUGGGUUCGAGAAUAUUACAAGAGACAUGCGCUGAUCGUGGCUCAUUUUCCAUGGACAUUCAUAAUUAUUCCGUUGACUCUAACUGUCUUCUUAGCUACGGGCUUUCAUAGAAUAAUAAUCGAAGAUGACAUUGAAGUUUUGUACAGUCCAAAAAAUUCAAUGGUUCCACAAGAAGCUGCAGUGCAUGACUCCUUUUACACUUGGAGUCCUCCGUCGAAAUCGCUCAAGAAACGCAGUGUUGAACUCACAGGGGAGGAGUUCUCUUCGUCGUAUAUGUACACCGUAUUGAAACACAACGAUUACGAAAACGUGCUGCAUCAGAAUGCAUGUAGAGCUCUAGUCGAUAUCCAUGAAAAUUUUGUGCAAAAUCUUAUAAAGCUGUAUCGCUCCCAUGGGAUGUCUGAUCGCAUUGAUGUCGAUAUCUUCAUGUUGGACGGCAUAAAUCUGCCCCUCUUGCGUUUCUGUCAGCUGUUCUUUACUGAGCCCAUGCGGCAUAAUCCGAACGUGCGUUUAACCUACCCGUUCAUGGAAGCAUACGGUGUUAAGAUUGGUUUAGAAUCAGCUUUAGGAGGAGUGGAACAACAUCCAAAUGGAUCUGUUGCUUCGGCGAGAAUAAUGCGAUUGCUGCACUUUUGGUACAACAAUCAAGAACGCGGUCUCAAUAAAUCCUUUCUUAGCGAUUUAGACUUAUUCAUUCGACAUCGCCUCAUGAACACUAACUUUUCGCAUGUGUUCGUCAAUCAGGACCUGAUCAGUGAUGACAUCUUCAAAAACGUCACAUACACUUUGCCGUACUUAGGCAUCAGUGCUGUGCUGUUGUUAUCUUUCAUCAUUGUUUCCACGAGCAGUACAAACCCGAUUAGGUCGAAGUCGAUUCCUGGCGCCAUGGGUUGCCUUUGCUCUUUCAUGGCCGUGACGUCAUCAUUUGGCCUAUUAUUCUACCUAGGAGUACCCUUCAACCCGAUUGUUUCCGUGACUCCAUUCAUAGCACUUGCGAUUGGGAUUGAUGAUACAUUUCUGGCAAUCAGUGCUUGGCAGCAAACGGAUUUCAACCUCAGUGCUGAGCAGAGAAUGAUUUUGUCACUGCAAGAAUCAGCUAGUGCGAUUACUGUAACCGCUUUCACUGAUAUCGCAUUAUUCAGCAUUGGCACCAUUUCUGAUACCUUAGCCAUUCAGAUAUUCAGUGUAUUUGUUGCAGUUACUAUGGCUUUCGACUUUUUGUACCAGAUUACAUUUUUUGCCGGUGUAUUAAUGAUAAGCGGAAGAAGAGAACAAUAUGGAAGUUUUGAUGUCCUCUGCAUGUGCUUUCGAAUGUCGCAUGACAGCGAAAGUUCCGUGAAAAAAGCCACGGCUGAUAUGUCGAAUUACUCUAUUGAUUUUCUGUUCAGAGAAUACUUUGGCAAUGCGCUGAACAACCAAGUUGUCAGAAUAUUUGCAGUGGUCACGUUUUCCAUAUACGUAAUAUUAGCUUUUUGGGGAUGUUGCCAUCUACUAAUAGAUAUGAAAAUCACUAUGUUGCUAGUCGAUGAUUCGCCUCUUCAACCAUAUUUUCAUUUCAAGAAUAAAUAUGAACGAUCAGCGGUUUCAGUUACUGUCCACGUCCUGAAACCGCCGGACCUAAAUGAUGAUCAGGAUGUCAAUAACUUCAUGAACCUUGUGCAAAGCCUCGAAUCGCUGAAGUACUCGACAGGGCCAGAUUCUUCACUGUUGUGGUUAAAGGAUUACUUGCAGUUCGUUCAAUCCGAUGCGAUAUUUGCACAAAAUAGUCUUGAUUCGUUUGAAGAAUUUUUGAACAGAUAUCAGUACCAGCUGUACAGGUCAGACAUACGGUGGUACCGCGAAAAGAAUGGACAACCAAAGAUCGACCGCUUUCUUUUCCACAGUUACUUCAAUACAAGCGGUCAUUGGUCGAGAAUGACUGAUUUGCUGAAGCAACUACGGGCGACCGCCAAGCAGUACAAACAGUACGAAGUCAGCAUCUAUAUCGCCGAUAGUGCAAUGUGGGAUCUGAUGUUGAACAGUGCGGACAACACUCUGCAGACGGUCGGCGUUGGCAUUCUGUGUAUGGUGUUGAUGUCUGCUGUUUUUAUUCCAAAUGCAUGCAGCAUUUUCUGGGUGAGCUUCACACUGGCUUCGAUGGACCUCGGAGUGAUCGGAUUUCUCUCUCUGUGGGGAGUCAAGCUGAAUCCGGUGUCGGUCAUCAAUAUCAUUCUCAGUCUCGACUUUCCCACUGAAUACGCUACGCACAUCUGCCACUGCUUCUACAAGCUGAACGAAGAUGACCCACAGGAGAGACUGAAGAUCACCUUAGGAACAGUCGUGGUUGUCAUCGGCAUGCUGCAUGCUCUGUUAUGGCUUCCAAUUUUUCUCACAGUCACCAGCGCUGCCUAUCAGCCCAAGCUAUCAACCACCAGCAAGUUGAAACAAAACACCACAUAA